AUGGUUGCCAACGAGGAAGACUUCACUCCGUACGAUCCUAUUCGAUGCGCACACUACGCCAGAUUCGCCUCUCAUCUCGACAGAUGGCAAUUCGAUCUUCUCUACUGGCUGCUCUUCGUCUUCAACUUGUUCAUCUUAUUUCUGGCGGCAUGGGGAUACACUCGCACGUUAGACGCUGUAGCCGACCUACCACCGACGGAUUCAAAAAGAAAACAAGCCAUCCGACGAUGCAUCUGGUUCAGCUUGGGAUGCGUGUGUGUCUCAUUGGUGACGGUCAUCAUGGAGGUGUUCACUUUGAUGGCUCUGCAGUUCUGUGACGGAGAGGAUCUCAUGUCGCUUUACUGGUCCACUUUCACCAUGAUCCAAGUUGGAUCUCUCAUCGCCGUGUGCGGAGUCAUCCUGGCUCUUGUGCACUCGCUGAGGCAGAGAAGGAACCCGCCUUGGGCUCUCGCACUCGGCACACCCGUUUUGGUCAUUGCCGGCCUGUUCCACUACUUGCACGGCUGCAUCUCGAGAAGAAUGAAGAAGGCUGUCAACAACAGGAAGAGGAAGAUGAGCGACGCCAACACUCUCCCAAUGAGCCAAGUAAACACUAUUCAAGCCGAGUCCUCUGACGAAGACGAGGGUAUUCAGGGAGCCGAGAUUAUCGGGCUCACAAUGGACGGCGGCCCAAUCAUCCACUUCAAAGACGCCGUGCCUUACAGCAUGCCUGACUCGAGCGAAAUCAUUGGGCGUUGCUCCAACGACAAGCCCAUUGUCGUCUGCCGCCGCGAUGGCUUCCAGUUGAUUUACAACGGAUCUGAAUCCCGGGCGCCAUCACCGAACCCGGCUGCCAAGCCAGGAGCCAGUGGUUGA